AGCAUGGAUUUAUCUGAUUCUUCUAUCACAGAUUCUGGGAUUGAAAUCUCAUCUAAAAGCAGUUCACCUACUCAUAGCAUUGACAACAUACCUGGCACAAUUUGUGUGGAUGAUGAUAAUUGUAAAGAGUAUAUGGACAUUGAUGCAACAGAAUUAAUAAAACCUGAUGGAGAUCAUAACGACCAUUCUGUCCAUCAACACCAUAGGAUCUUCUCCUGCUAUAUAUGAAGAUUUAAACUGUUUGCAUUUGACUGAUGAAACUGUUGUCUGUAAAGAAGAUAAGAUAACUGUCAGUAUCAAAUCACCUAUUGUGGAAAGUUUGUUUAGUAAUGUGUCAUCUGUAAUAUAUUUUUCAACCAAAGAUGAAAUAGUUAGUGCCAUGCCUGAAAAUAUAUUACCUCUUAUGAAAUGGAAAUUAUCCACCAUAACACCAGUUCCGAUUAAAGAGAUUGUAUUAAAAUGUGGGUUUCAUCUGGUGGAUGCUGAUACUACUGAAAAUUGGAUAGGAACAUGGGGAAAGCAUCUGAAAUGCACUUCCUUCAGAAAAAUAAAAAAUUUCCAAAAGGUGAAUCACUAUCCAGGUAGCUUUCAUCUUGGUCGGAAAGACAGGCUGUGGAAUAAUUAUAAACGUAUGCAGAAUCGCUUCGGAGAAGAUGAUUUCAAUUUUUUUCCUGAAACAUUUCUUCUUCCAGCUGAUAUGAAAUCACUGAAAAAAACAUGGGAAAAUGAAACAGACAGAUGUUGGAUAAUAAAACCACCUGCCUCUGCGCGGGGCACUGGUGUUAAAGUUAUCCAUAAAUGGGGUCAAGUACCAAAAAAUCGCCCAGUAGUUGUUCAGAAGUAUGUGAGUGAUCCUUACCUCAUUAAUGGUACUAAGUUUGAUUUACGAAUUUAUGUCCUGAUCUCAAGUAUUGAGCCCUUGAGAGUUUACGUGUUUGAAGAUGGCUUAGUUCGCUUUGCAUCUGAAAAGUAUUCGUUGUCAAACAAAUCAUUCUCAAACAGAUAUAUACAUCUCACUAAUUACAGUAUAAAUAGAAAAAGUUCUUCAUAUACAGCAAAUGAAGAUGAAAAUUCGUGUCAAGGACAUAAAUGGUCCCUGAAAUCAUUUUGGUCAUAUAUGUCUAGUAGUGGCAUAGCUAUUUCAAAAAUCCAAGAAGCUAUUAUGGACAUGAUUAUUAAAACAAUCAUUAGUACCGAAGGUCCUGUAUGCAGAUUGAUGAAAACAUAUGCAAGAAGUACAUAUAAUUGUUAUGAGCUGUUUGGUUUUGAUAUUAUGCUAGAUAAGGAUUUACGUCCUUGGCUUUUAGAAGUGAAUAUAUCCCCUAGUUUGCAUACUCGUUCAUUGUUGGAUUCAAGUAUAAAGGGUCAGCUAGUAAAAGAUAUGUUAAAUAUAGUUGGCUUUCAAGUCCCUUUGAUCAGUUCACCUACUGCUUCAGAUGAUGGUAUGUUGUCAUAUUCAGAGAUUAAGCAAAGUUCGGUACGUAACAGAUACUUAUCACCCAAAGAAAAGAAGAAGCAUGCAGUGUUUACAUUUCAGUAUGCAGAUAUGAAAUCGGACAUUCUAGAGGAUUUAACACCCGAUGAUGUACGCUGUUUAGUCGAGAGUGAAGACGAAUUCCAUCGAAAAGGAGCUUUUACUCGUGUUUUCCCAUCCGAAACUUCUUCCAAGUACUUUGUGUACUUUGAACAUAUACGUUACUAUAAUUUGCUACUGGAUGCAUGGGAAAAAUGCUAUUAUAAAGACAGAAGUAGAGGUAUUAGCCAUCUACAAGAGUUAUGCAAUGAAAAGUAUCACCUUCAGAUUAAUAUGCACUAUAAGGAUUCAAAUCAGAUGCCCACUGCAGAAUCUGUGUAAUAAUUAAUGAUAUGGACAAAUAAUUUGAUUUUAAAAAUUCUUUAUUUCAAACUUCAGUCUUCUCAGGAUUGACUUUUUAUGCAUUCAUCUUCCUGUAGAAAAUCCAGUUGAAACAUGCUACUCCAAAUAAUCUAUAAAUUAACUAUUUCAUGUAAGAAAGCUAUUUUUUACAUUUUAAUAUAUCCAUUGUAAAUAAUAGCAAUUAAAACAAUCAUUGAAUAAAGUAUUUAUUUUUGAAUAA